AUGAAGUAUUGCUUCGGUAAGUGCUUCGAGGAAUCAAGGGGCCUCGUAAAGACUGGGCUUGUUGACUGGGUCUUUGGCAGAGAUGCAGACGAAAAGGCAGGCAACAUGUGCCAUCUUCUCUGCCUCAAAUUCACAAACAGCGGAAACAUAAAGAGAAAUGGAAGAUGGGGGUUCCAGCCGAUCCUGGGAAUGACUGAGUUCUUCUCUGCACUCUUCUCGUUCAUGAACCUUAUAACAAACAUCAUCUGCUUCCACAGGAUGCUCAAGAAGCACCUGAGAGUGACAAGGCUGGGAAGGCUCUACUACAUCCAGUACUACAUAUGCAAUCUAGCAUUCAUCUCCAGCACCCUCUUCCACAUCCACGAAAACACCUUCACAAGAAACUGCGAUUACUUCCUUGCAUUCUUAACAAUCCUUUUCGGCUUCUACAUGGCACUCGUCAGAGUCAUCCUAAUAGUAAGUCCCUCAAUAGAAAAGGCCACAAGAGGCCCAUUACAGGCGAUCUUCAUCCUCUUCUAUGCAUACCAUAUCCACAGAAUGUCAAACAUAGAGUUCGAUUAUGUAUACAACAAGAUAUCCUGUGCCAUCAUCGUCACGCUCACCCUGCUGUCACACCUGGUAACAUUCCUCAAGUAUAGAAAGCUGGCUCACACCAAGCACAUCCUGUUCUUCACAUUCUUCUUCUUCCUUGCAGGUGCAAUAGAGAUCCAGGACGUCCCUCCAUAUGCCUAUCUUGUGGACUCCCACGCCAUCUGGCACCUGAUCUCCUGCAUCUCAACGCCAUUCUACCUUCUCUUCUGGAGUGGAGAUGUGUAUAUGCACUGA